UACAUUGGAGGACAGAAGAGAGAAAGAAAGAAAGAGAGCGAGCGAGGAAAGAGAAACAUGGUCUGCAGAAGGCAUACAUACACGGAUAUGGAUUUCGGAUAGUGGUUGUUAAUGAGAAAAUGCAAGUCUUUAUGGUGAGCAGCUAUGGUCUGACAACAAUAAAUUCUGGUAGCUGUCUUGCAUCUUUUAUGUAUUUUCCUUGUCGUCCAACAUAAUUCAUUAAAAUAGAGAACAAAACAUAAUAGUAUGAAAGCUCGCUUUUGUUUGCUUGCUUGUUUGUCCCUUCUUCAAUUCCCAUCUCAAAUCUGAAGAGGCCAUUGAUUCUUGCAAAAUGGGUUUGUUCAAGUUAUUUGUACUUUGUACAGCAGUGAUUGUGGCAGGUGCAUUGGAUUCAGCUCAAUCUGUUGUAAUAAUUCAUUUCCAUGAGGCACCAUCUGCGGUUUCAAGGUUCUCAACUGCUGUAUUCAAGUAUUCCGUUGAAGGGUCGGAUGGCAGGAAUGCAUGCAGCAGCAAUGGCUGUUUUAUAGCCUGUGAGCUUGAUGACCAAGCUUUGAGAUCAUGCCCAGCUGACGCCAUAGUGUUGAGGAACUUGACAGUGAAUCAGAAGCAUACUUUCCUUUUGAAUGUCACAACUCAGAAUGGGGACAGAAACUCUUCCUCUUAUUCAUGGUUCAUCGAUACAAUUCCGCCAACAGCCACUUUGUCUAGUGAAGAUAGCUACACAAAUGCUGCAAAAGUAACUGUUGAUGUCACCUUCAGUGAGGCUUGUGUGUUGAAGUGCUUGAACUCAUCACACUGUGAUGUUUUGAUAGACGGUCCAGGUUCUAUUGAUGCUUCUUCUCUGCGGGCUGUUAAACCGAACCUGAAAUACGAAGUUGACAUAGCCCUCUCCAUGGGUAGUAUGUACGGCCGUGUUGUUAUCAGAAUGGCGAAUGGUUCUUGUACAGAUAAAGCUGGAAACCCUUUUACAAGGAGCAAAAAUUCGGCGAUGAUUGUUCGUUUUGACAGGAGACCAGUGGUGGCAGAUUUAUGGAUGCCUGUUUCAUCGUAUGUGCUGAAGAUCAAUGGAGUGCCAAGAACUGUUCUCUCAACUAACAAAAUGGAAGACUUAAAAUUUUUCCUGGAUUUCAGUAAUCCCAUAAAGAAUUCGACAGAGGAAGUCCUAAGUGCAUUACAUGUCAAGUCAGGUUCUGUAUCAUCUGUUCUUAGAGGACAUCAGGGGAAUCGCAAGUUUGCGUUUCGGCUCAUGAAUGUAUCCCGUACUGAAAUCAUCGUGAUUGAGCUUGAAACCAGUUUGAUAAUUGGCAGGACUGGCACUCCCACUUCACCGGUUUCCCCACUGACAAUUCUCUAUGAUACGGAGGACCCUGCAGUAGGGCUAAGUUCUGACUUGCAAAAUGUGACAAAAGCUUCUCGCAUCAAUUUUUUUGCGGAGUUCACGAAGCCAGUUUUUGGCUUUGAUCCCUCAAUGGUAGAAGUACAUGGAGGGAAGAUUGCAAGGUUUAAGGAACUCUCAAGAGCACUAUACUCAUUGACCGUCAUUGUUGAAGCUGAGAAAACACUCUCUGUUUCUGUUCUUGCUGGCAAAGUAAGUGAUAUUUCUGGAAAUCAGAAUCUGGCAUCCAACAGAGUUCAACUGAAGCACUACUCAACCCCUGCAGUCUCAACGGCACUCCAAUCCUUUAUCACUGCUGGAGUGCUAGCAACAUCACUUGCAGUGGCUUGUCUUUCACUAUCCUAUGCCAAUAUCGGAAUAAUAAGUGCUCUCUUAACAGGAGAAACCAAAUUCGUUGCUCCCAGUCCAUCAACUAAUCUGCAUGGAAUGUUUGGGCAUCUCCAAGUCUUUGUGAUGUCAGAUUGGUUCUCUCCCAAUCAUCCAAUUGAAUAUUCAGAGACAGUAAAAGGUCUCAAGUGGCUUAUACCUCGUGGCAAGCUUCCAUGGAGAAAGGAUUCAACUUUAACUUGGACCAACCAUUUACAUAUUACUAGUGGGAAAAAAGGUUUCAUGGCCGUUGGACUUCCUAUGCUUCCCGUUGGUGAGCAUAAGCACCAGGGGAACUUCACGAGUUGUGAUGGGCUUCGUGGGAAAGCUGUGAGUUCGCAAAGUGCUCAGUAUGGACAACCUCUCAAUUCAGCCGAAUACUUUACUUAUUUCUUGAGAGGAGAGCCCUUGUCUGCCAGCAAUGUCGUGAAGAAACUGGAAAACAAUAAAGGGUGGGAAGACAUGGGGAUGAACCUAUUUUGGCUUGCUGCGAUUGCAGGCAGUUUGCUUGCACUCCAUAUAUCAAUAUUCCUUCUCCUGAGAUGGAGGAUAGGAUCAACAACAUCGGUUAAUUUUGGAAUGGUCUCAUUUCCAAGGUUGGAGAUCUUUCUUCUAAUCGUCAUGCUACCUUGUAUCUCUCAGUCUGCAGCAUUUGUCGUCAAAGGUGGAACAAUUGGAGGCAUGAUAACUGGAGCUUUGUUGCUGGUCAUCCCGGCAGCAUUCAUUUUAUCCGUCUUACUCUUCCUCCUAGUCGCCAUUCUUCCGGGGAAAUUUGUCCAAUACAAGGAGAUUAAGUAUACAGUUGUAAGGGAGGCAUGGUAUGAAAAGCUGUGGUUCUUUAUCACCAGUAGACCAGUAAUGGGGAAGUGGGUCUACAGAGAAGGCUCCACUUCGUCUCUCGUACAGAACUUCAGAAGCCUCUUUGUGAAUCAAAAGGGUCCCCCUUUCUUCAUCUUCGUUGAUAAAACUGAUCAAAGCACCGUUCCAAAAUGGAGCGAGAGUGGCCGAAGUGGUGGAAUUGGAAGAAUGCGAGCCAUCAGUUCGAACGACAGCAAUGAAGAGGAUUUGAAGGUUCCUGGCCCCGUGAAGUGUCUUGGGUAUGCUAGAUCUUCAUACUUAGUUCUCGAUCUCAUUCGAAGAGUCAGCUUGGGAGUAAUAUCCGGAGCAGCAACUACCUCGAAAGAUCACUGGAUGCACAACCUCAUAGCCUUGGCGAUCACAAUGACACAAUUUGUCUACCUGUCGAGUCUCAAACCUUUCAUCAGGAGGAGUGUCCAUGCAGUAGAAAGCAUUUCCCUGCUAUGCGAGGCAGCCAUCUUCUCCAUUUCCAUGGCUGUCACGACUAAGAAGCCAGAUCCGACGGAGGCUACAGUUCUAGGAUAUGUAAUGGUGGCUCUUCUCCUGCUCACCGCCAUUGCCCAUAUCACGAACGAAUGGUACGGGUUGGUUUCUUGGCUGGUAAGACUCUCGUGGACGCCACGGUUCAUGGCCAGAGGUCUCAUCCUACCUUUCUUGCCGAGGAAGCAAUGGUCGAGUAUUGUCUUACCUAGUUCAUCCCAACCAAAGACCGGACUGUCCAGCGUUCCUCAGUUGAGUCCCGACACAGAUGUGCCACCGCCACGUGGGAAUUCAUUCCGAGCUAUGUCUGCUACGGUGGUACCCAUGGCGAGUCCAGAUAAUGCUGGAGGGAGAGGGGAAGCAGAAGCCAUGGUUGAGGAGAGGAGUGAGCUUAGGAAGCUGAGGGAGCUGGCGAAAGCUAGCUUCUCUGGGGAAGGCGGUAAGCGUCGCAGUAGGGAUCGAGCUCGGGAUUUGGCUUGUAAAGCUGAAGCUGAAGGAGAUGCAUCAUCAUCUUCCAUGAGAUAGCGAGCAAUGGUGGUGGUGGUUCUUGUUUUUUCCUCUCUUUGCCAUUUUGGAACAUUUCAUCCCUGUGUACUAUCUUUAUCGCUGUAAUUUGAGAUUUGUAAUGAUUUUGAUGUGAGAGUGAGUCAGGGAAGGAAAAAAAUCCAGGUUCAGAUGCCGCCGGUGAAGGGAGUCGCCGCCUUUGCUGUGACGGAGAGGCCAUCCUAUGGACGGGGAGUGGUGGCGCCAUUUCACAUUUGCCGAUCGUGAAGGCUAGCGGAAGCCUGAUUGGGCCUAUAGCGGGCCCGAUAUCGACCCACCAGUUGGAUUCCGUUGAGAGCAAGGUUGUCAAACCGGUUUAUGCCAGUGUGCCGGUUUAGCAAGUGGAAUGGUUCAACCGGUGGCACAUACCGGUUUGUGCCGGUUCAUGCCGGUCAAUAUUACAAAUAAAAUUAUAAAUACUCAUAUUUAAA